AUGGCGAAAGGUCGUCUUUCUGGCUCUGACUCUUCGGACAGUGAUGACGAAGUGAAGUGGCUACAAUCACGUCACAAGCACAGGAAGACCUCGGUUCCGAGUGAUGAGACAACACGUGAUUCAAAGUCAGGUGGAAUUGAGGAGGGUGAAGUAUCUAGUGAUGACCUCGAUGAAGACGAAGAUGAUGGCCUGGAUGACAACUUAAUCGGUGGGGAAGAUGAUAAGCGUCGGUUGGCGAAAAUGAGUGAAAAAGAAAGAGAAGAAGAGCUAUUCAAGAGAGCUGAGAGAAGAGAUGCCAUACGAGCCCGCAAGGCUGUAAAACAAAAGCUAAAAGAAAGACGAGAAAGAGAGAAAGCUCAACAGGUAGCCUCUUUAUCCAAGCAACUUACCGGGGAUUCAAAAUCUAAAAGAUCUGCUUAUCACAACGUAUUUUCAGACAGCGAUGAGGCAGAAAAUAGUGAUUCAAGUGGUCUUGGACCAAAAGGCCUUAGACAACGUAAGAUUGCCCUGGAGAAAAAGAAGGUGGCUCACAGGGAUAAAUUUCAGGAACUCAUCGAGCGUCGCAAACAACAGGCUGCUAAAAAGCGUCGAACUCAUACAUCAGACGAAGUGGAUAUAUCCGCCCAAAAUAGUUCUGGGAGUUCAUCAGAUAGUGAUGAUAAUAGUCCAAAGCCACGUGGCAAAAUUCAGGAGAAACAUCAGUCCAUGUCUCAGCGUGUUUUUUCCUCAGAAGCAUCAGACUCUUCUGAUUCAAGUCGACCUGGUUCGCGUCCUGUAGCUCGACGUUCAAGUUUUUCCAGUUUGUCAGGUUCACAGCGAUCUGGUUCUUCAAGUGAAGAUGACGCUAGAGGCAGAAGUCGUUCACCUGAAGAGGAACUAGUCUCCUCUGUUGAGCAUCUAUCUCGUAUUCGGUUGUCACGUUUUAAAAUGGAAAAGUGGGUUCACAUGCCGUUUUUCGAUAACUUGAUAAAAGGAUGUUUUGUACGUAUCAACAUAGGAUUACAUCAAGGUGUGCCGAUUUAUCGUUGUGCUGAAAUUGUGGAUGUCGUGGAAACUCCUAAAAUAUACGAUCUUGGUGACACUCGAACUAAUAAAGGAAUUGUAGUUCGUGUUGGAAAAGACCAAAGUACAUUUCGUUUGGCGUUCAUUUCAAACUCUGAUUUUCAGCAAGAUGAAUUCGACAGCUGGAUGCGGCGAAUACAUCUUGCGAACAUGAAACCUCCGACUUUGAAUUUUGUCCGAGAUAAAGCUGCUGAAAUUACUGAAGCAAUAAAUCGUCCUAUUCGAGAUGAACGCGUGGUUGAACAGAUCAUACAAUCCAAACGUCGUUUUCAGAAAGCUCCAACAAAUUUUGCUUUACGCAAAGCGGAAUUGAUCAAACAACGAGAGCAAGCAGAAACAGAUGGAGAUACAGAAUUAUUGAAACAUUUAGAUAGUGAAAUAGAAGAAAUUGAAUCUCAAGCUGAACGGAUUGAGAGACGUCGAACUUUAGGUUUUAAAUCAAUUACAUCUAUAAAUCAACGUAAUCGUGCACUUAGUGUACAACAAGCUGAAGAAGCUAUUCGUAAAGAAAGUGAAGAAGCAUUGAAUUCCAAGGAAGAAGAUCCAUUUACACGUGUUCAUUCUCAACCGGUAAUUGUCACAAAGAAAUAUUUGGAAAACUUACGUCAUAAAAGACUUGGAGUAGUAGCUCAAUCAAAUACUUCCUGUGAUUUGAAUCAAAGUUUUCCUCCACCACCAACUCCUGAUUCAGAGCUAAGCGUGCCAUCUAAACAUUCACUGUUGAAUACACCAAUGGGAAGUAAUAGUAUAAUAACUGAAGCACCUGACUCAGUAUGUUGGUCAUUGGGAGAUGAUAAUAGCAACUUAUCCACACCGCAUGAUUCUCUUCAUGCAAUACAUAAUUUUGAAAUAAAUAUUGAUUUGGAUUUGGACGGGAAUAAUGAUCAGGCGAAUUCCAACGGACGCACAGGAUCAACUAAUACUGAUGUACGACAUUCAACUAGUCCUAGAUCACGUGGUACUACAAAUUCUACUCAUGAUUUUACCAAUGGCAGUCCCCAGACACCAAUGAACGGUCCAUUUGGAAAACCAAAUCGUCGAUUGUUAAAUUUACAAGAGUACAAGAAACGUCAUGGAUUAAUUUAAUUCCUAGUUGAUAUGCAAAUAUUAGUACUUUCCUUAUUCAAACAUACUAUCAUUUAUUGCUAUUUUUUUCUAUAUGUGUAUGAUUA